GCUGUCACCUCAACGGCCAGCACUGCCACAGAUGUCACCUCCACUGCUGUCACCUCUUCUGAUGUCACCUCCUCUCAUGUCACCCCUACUGCUGUCACCUCCACUGCCAUCACCUCCAGAGACGUCACCUCCGCACUUGAAACCUCCACUGCUCUCUACUGCUCCAUCACUUCUGGUGUCACCACCACUGACGUCACCCCCACAGAUGUCACCUCAACAGAUGUCACCUCCACUGCUGUCACCUCUUCUGAUGUCACCUCCUCUCAUGUCACCCCUACUGCUGUCACCUCCACUGCCAUCACCUCCACACACCUCACCUCCGCACUUGAAACCUCCACUGCUGUCACCUCAACUGUUGUCACCUCAAGUGCCACCACUGCCACAGAUGUCACCUCCACUUCUGCUACCUCGAGUCCCAUCACCACCACUGCUGUCACCUCCACUGCUGUCACUCCCACAGACGUCACCUCAUCUGUUGUGACCACAAGUGCCAUCACCUCCAUGUCUGCUACCUCCACUGAUGUCACCUCCACUGCUGUCACCUCUUCUGAUGUCACCUCCUCUCAUGUCACCCCUACUGCUGUCACCUCCACUGCCAUCACCUCCACCGAAGUCACCUCCGCACUUGAAAGCUCCACUGCUGUCACCUCGAAUGUCACCUCCACUGCUGUCACCUCCACUGUUGUCACGUCCUCUCAUGUCACCCCUACUGCUGUCACCUCCACUGCCAUCACCUCCAGAGACGUCACCUCUGCACUUGAAACCUCCACUGCUGUCACCUCCACAGCUCUGUCCAGCACAGAUGCCACAUCUACUGAUGUCACCUCUUCUCCUGUCACCUCCUCUGCUGCCACCCCCACAGAUGUCACCUCCACAGAUGUCACCUCCACUGCUGCCACCUCGAGUGCCACCACUGCCACUGAUGUCACCUCCACUUCUGCUACCUCCACUUCUGUCACCUCCACAGCCAUCACUUCUGGUGUCACCUCCACUGAAGCCACCUCCAGUGCCAUCGCCUCCUCUCCUGUCACCUCCACUGACAUCACCUCCACCGAUGUCACCUCCAGUACUGUCACCUCAAGUGCCAUCACCUCCUCUCCUGUCACCUCCACUGCUGUCACCUCCUCUCCUGUCACCUCCACUGCUGGCACCUCCACAGCCAUCACUUCUGGUGUCACCUCCUCUGCUGCCACCCCCACAGAUGUCACUUCCACCGAUGUCACCUCCACUGCUGUCACCUCGAGUGCCACCACUGCCACUGAUGUCACCACCACUUCUGUUACCUCCACUGCUGUCACCUCUACAGGCAUCACUUCUG